UUCACGCUAACUUCGAAGCAUAUUGCUAAUACCGCUCUAAGUAUUUUUUCGGGUAUUUGUUAUUAUGAGUGCUAACGCUGCUUCCUUACCGUGCCCUAUUUGUUUACACACUGGUGUUUUCCAUACUGCACAAUCACUCAAGGAUAGAUUAAUUUUUGUGUCAACGAACAACAUUUUGUGUCCAAUUUGUCAAGAAGAAGUUGCAGGCUUGGAUAAACUGACUAUACACUUAUUCAGCCAUAUAAGGAUCAUACCGACGCAGCAACCUGAAACGCACCAGCGGGAUGAAAAUUCUGAAAUCAAAAGUGCUUCUCAACAACCGACUAAGCCGAUUUCGGAAUCACAGAAAAAAGUCAAUGUUUUGAGUUCCAAAAAUAAAUCAUUAUCAUCUCCCAAUACACAGAUGAAGUUCGUGAAAAUUUAUCCUAAAUUGCCUGUUAUAACUCUAAACACAAUGCCGAUUAUUGAUAUAACACCAAAUGCAGAAGGUAGUGUGCAAAGCAGUAAUAAUUCCCUGUAUAUUCCUACGAUAAAAUCUGAAACAUCAUUAAUGACAAUGACCAAUAAAUGCGAUAUCUGUGGACUGCAAUUUGUCGAUGCUAACAUUUUAAGAAUGCACAAGUGUUUGAUACAUAAUAUCGAAGAUAGUUCUCAUCACACUUUCACUCGAUACAAUUGUCACCUUUGCCCCAAAAAUUUUAAAAUGCGAGGUUCUCUAAUGGUUCAUUUAAGAGUAGCUCAUUACGGAUUUGCUUCAAGACAAAACUCUGAAACUAAUACUGAUACUGAAAAUAAAGAUAGAAAUGGCAAUCACGUAUCAGACGAUAAGCCUACUGACCUCGAAAGGCGCGAUGGUAAACAAUGGCAAUGUGAUGUAUGUCGAAAAUGUUUUACGACUAAGUAUUUCCUCAAGAAACAUAAACGGCUUCAUACAGGUGAAACUCCUUACGCGUGCACCCAAUGCAACAAGACGUUUACAUUUCAGCAGUCAUAUCACAAGCACUUAUUAUACCACAAUGAUGAAAAGCCCCAUACAUGUAGUUUUUGUGGACGAUCUUUUAAAGAGUUGUCGACUCUUCAUAACCACCAACGUAUACACACUGGCGAGAAACCUUUUGCAUGUGAAACUUGUGGAAAAUGCUUUCGUCAAAGAGUUUCUUAUCUAGUCCAUAGACGCAUACACACUGGUGCUAUGCCUUAUAAGUGUACUGCUUGUGAUAAAAGUUUUAGAUACAAAGUAUCACAAAGAACACAUAAAUGUCAGGUUCAGCCCCCAGGCACAGUUAUAAGAAAAAUGGGAGAUUUCGUAGAAAAACUUAAAAAGAAAAAGGAAUCAAGUGAUGAAACUUUAAACAGUAAUGAGAUUGAUUCUCAAAACAAUAAGUACGAAAAUACAAAAUAUCCCGAAAUAUCUGAAGUAAACGCUGAAUUAGUAAGAACAGGGGCACAGUUAUCAUUAGAAGAUAUGGAAUCUGAAAACUUCACAAUACUUUCAGAGGCCUUUGGUGAAAGUGAUACGCCAUGCUCUAAUUACUCUGCAGCAUUACCGAGCAAUGGCCAUCCACAAAAUGAUGAAAAAACGAUUGAUAUCUCUAACAUUGAUGAACUAAUUGAUUCUAUUCCAGCAAACGAAAAAAGUAUCCCAUCACCGUCAGACAUUUUAAAAAAACUGUGUUUAUCGAGCGAGGAAGAAUUUUUCAAUGUAAAUCAACCUAGCAAUAACGAUGUAACAUACGAUAUGAAUAAAGAUUUAAACGAUUAUUUGUAAAUAAUAAAGUAGUUUUAAUUAAUGAA